AUGGAGUUUACAGGAAAGCAGAGUACUAGUAGACAGGACGACGAAGAUGAAGCAAUUAUGUAUGCAGGCGUAUUAUGUAGCUCUUUCAUUUUCCCAAUGGUGUUGAAUGCAUGCAUAGAGCUCAAAGUGCUGGAGAUCAUUAGCAAAGCAGGCCCCGACGUGCAACUCUCGCCUUAUACUAUCGCCUCUUACCUUCCAACUCGCAAUCCUCAUGCGCCUGUUGUGCUGGACCGCAUGCUGCAUCUGCUUGCUUCCUACUCUCUUCUCACUUGCUCUGUGCACACUCUCGAUGAUGGCGAGGUUCAGAGACGUUACGGGCUUACGCUUGCCGGGAACUGCUUCGUUAGAAGCGUUGAUAGAGGGUCGCUGGCCCCAUUUUCACUUUUAUCUCGCCACCAAGUUGUCAUGAACUUCUGCUUCCAGUUGAAGGGCGCGGUGCUUGAAGGUGGCUUGGCAUUCGUGAAAACCCAUGGAAUGCCGAUUUAUGAGUACGACAACGUAGUAGAUCCUACAUUCGGAGAGGCUUUCGAUGAGGCAAUGGGUCAACACUCCACCCUUAUCACGAAACAAAUUCUCAAAAAAUACAAGGGUUUUGAGGGCCUUUCAUCAUUAGUUGAUGUCGGUGGCGGAGUCGGCUCCACCCUCAACUUGAUCAUCUCCGACUACCCUUCCAUUAAGGGCAUUAACUUCGAUUUGCCCGGACCAUUAAGGAAUGCCCCGUCUUAUACUGGCAUAGAGCAUGUUGGAGGCAGUAUGUUUGAAGAAGUUCCGAAAGGUGAUGCCAUAAUGUUGAAGCAAAUACUCCAUAACUGGGAAGAUGAGGAAUGCUUGAAAAUACUAAGGAAUUGCUACAAAGCGUUGGGGGAGGGCAGAAAGGUAAUUGUGAUUGAUCCAUUUGUGUCUGUGGCUCCGGAGACGACCCUCGUGGGUAGGUUUGCUUCGCAGUAUGACAAUAUUAUGUCUAGUAUGAUUGGAGGAAAAGAAAGGACGGAGAUUGAGUUCAAGGCCUUGGCCUUAGCAGCUGGUUUUUCAACUUCCCGAGUUGCUUGCUGUGCUUCUGGUUAUUGGAUCAUGGAGUUCACCAAAUAAUUAACAGGAUGAAACUAAAUUGGUGUUCGAUGGGACGUCACAUGUCAUCUUCUCAUUGGAGGUGAUCAAAAGAUAAUUUGAUUUGUGUUUUAAUAAAUUACUGAAACACCAAAUAUUGGUCCAUAAGAAUUAA